CGCUAGCCAAGGGUUUCCGAUCCGAUACCUACUCUACAACCCUUGGCAGAUUUGGCUGAAAAUUUUAGAACUCGCGCAAACGAAUUUGAUUGGCUGCGAAGACCUAGUCUUCGCAAGGUUUUUACUAAUCGACGAUUUUCGACUGAAUUAAAUUCUGUUCGUGUUUUAUGCAUAAGAAGUUGAUUAUUUAUAAGAAAUGAAACUUAGGACGUAAUAAAUACUAAAAAAACAAAGGAUAAUUAAUUUUUAAGUUUUUUCCUUCUGAUAAUUUAUGUGUUUUAGAUAUUAUUGAAAUGACCACAUAGUAUGUGUUCCGCAUUUUAGGAGCAUCAAUUUAAGCCAAUCAAAAGCCAUGGCUCAUUGAUAAUAAAUGGAGACUGCAAUUUGCAGGACGUGCUGCGAAAUUCUUGAUAAAAAGUCAAGAAGAACAAUAUAUUCCAACACGUUUGAGGUAUCCCAGCAGCUUAACGAAGUGUUAGGUCAUGUACCGAACGAAAAUGACGGAUGUUCCAAGUAUGUAUGUUACCGUUGCUAUGCUAAGUUAAAAAAAAUGUCAAAAAUUGACUACGAUUUGCUACACAAAGUGGAUGAACUAAGAAAGGAAAAAUUUGAGAUAAUAAAAUCUCUGCGUGAAAAACUUACUUUAAACAAUGUAGAGUUAACUAGGCCUAGCGUAGGCGUGAAUAUGAGUGCAAGUGUCACUAGUCCUACCCCUGCAGAGUUAAGAACAAGCACUGAUGCAUUUGGUGAAGAAGAUGGAUGUAAGAGAAGUUUAAUACAUUCUCCAACACCAAGGAAAGUCAAGAGGUGUAAGCCAGGUUUUACAAAGACUCCAGAGAAACUUCGACAACCACGUAUAAAACUGUUUACACCCAGUAAAAUUAAGGUGUUGUUCAACACUGGAAAACAGAUCAAGUGUAGAAUGGUAAAGGAUGCUGAAUUUAGACAAGUGAUCAAAGCCAUUUCCAGGGGACAACCCAAAAGACACAUAGCAAAGUUUGCAUACAAUUCAUCACUUAAAGAGGAACUAGCAAAGUUUGUUAUUCAUGACAUUGAAAAAGAUAUUACAAAGCUUACCUCAAAAAAAUCCAAUUGUUGUCUAAGGAGUACAGAAUGUGACAAUUUAUCAAGUUUCAAAUUUGAGAAAUUGCUUUUUGAAGUGCAGUUACAUGCUCCUCUCUUAUAUAAGACACUAUCGCAUACUCUCAAAGAUUCUGUUGGAGUAGCAGUUACAACAGCCAUAAUUGCAAAAAACAGGAAUAUGCACAUGUGUGCACUUCAUCAUAUUAUUGCACAAAUUUUGGAUCACAGCGGAGCAACAGAUGAGUGUAUUUCCUUGUUCCAAAAGUUGGGACUAAGUGUGUCCUCCUCAGCAGCAGCAAAGAAGAAGGUGGAUCUAGCAGAAUACCAGAAUGAACACAUCAACUCUACAGUUAUCAAUGAAAAGAGAGAACUUGAAUCUUCAGCUUGUGUAUCGGCAGUUCUACAAGCUGAGUUCUUCAGGAGAAGUAGGUACUUUGAGCCAGUUGCGAAAUUUUGUUCACAGAAUUGAUGUCCAUGGGGGUGAUGAAGUAAUUCAGAAAUACAGAGCUCACUAUGCAUUUUUGAUGGACUGUUUGGAUGCUUUGAUCACUGGAGCAUGCCUACAUCUUCUUGAAAUGGAGACCUUAGAUUCCCAACCAAACCGGAAGCAAGAGCUUUUUGAGGUUCAGUCUACAGAUGACA